AUGAACAGAAGUCUGUUGUGCGGACUCGUUCGAAGCUUCCGGCAGAGUUGUCGUCACAUUAGUCGGCGGAAACCCAAUCCUGGAAAGCCACCGAUCGUACCCCCUGCCAAAAGCAAGCGCUAUCGAGUUGUUCACGUCAAAUGGCAAGAAUCACAGGAUGUGGAGGAACUGGUAUGGCGACGUCAUGCGUAUUAUGACGCUCUGAAGUCAAUCAGAAGAUAUUAUCAAGAACAGCUGAAUCUGGGCACGAAAACCUCUGCUGAAACAAAAAACUAUGAAUUGCAAGACGAAGAGGAGUUUCAGCAGUUGUUGCUCGAAAACGACCAGAUCAACCGACAACAGGCAGAGUUGAGGAAAGCGCGGCAGAAGGCAGAGUUGAAUGAAGUCAACGAGCAGUUAUCGAGGCUCAUUAAAGACCACGUGGAAAGGACGUCGGACAGUCGCCGGCUCCACGAAGCAGAGGUGUUGGAGAUGAUCGAAAAGUCCAAAGAUUUUGUCACUGCGGAAAACUUAGAAGAAAAGAUUAACGAAGCUUUGGAAAAUCCGGUUGACUUUAAUUUUGCCGUUGACCUCUCUGGCAACGUUUAUACCGGUAAAGCAAUGGAAGGUAAAGAGGCUACUGCUGAAAGCAAAGGUGCAGAACUGCCGGUCGUGGUUAAUGAUUCUUUUUCUGACGAAGAGGCAGUGUUUUACUCGGCCAACACGGAUAUGGACGAGUUUCAUGACUGUAAAAGCGAUAUCGAUGACAUGGUGCAGCCGGAAGUAGAAGCAGUUACGAAUGACGACGUUAAAAUAGGUUCCGAUGCAUCUUGCAACCCGGGGUCUUCUGAAAGCUGUGAAGCGAGAGGAGAAUAUUUCAUCGACGAGACGUACCUCUCUGAAGCGGAGGCCCUUAUUUCUGAUGAGCAAAAGACUGCAAAGAAAGAAAUGGCUAUUUCGCUCAAGGAGCAGGGAAACCGUUACUUCAAAGAUGGGGACUAUCGCCAGGCGGCUGUCACCUAUACUGACGGGUUGCGUACCUGUCCUCCAAGUUUCAAGGAUAUUCGAGCCGUACUGUACAGCAACCGGGCAGCUUGUUUCGUAAAAAUGGAAAUGUUGAAAGAAGGUUUAGAAGACUGUUCCGCUGCGAUCGAGUUGGACCCGUCAUACUUGAAAGCUUUACGGCGGCGUGCGCAAAUCAACGAGUCGAAAGAAGAAUGGUGGGAUAACGCAUUGGCUGACUAUAAAUUAUUGCUUGCGUCAGAUCCGGGCGACAAAAAGGCUCAAAAUUCCGUCUUGAGCCUUCCUGGCAUGAUAGAGCAGCGUAACGAAAGAACCAAAGCUGAGAUGAUCAAGAAACUAAAGGAACUAGGAAACAGAAUUUUGAAGCCUUUUGGAUUAUCGACGAAUAAUUUUAAAAUGGAGCAGAAUCCAGACGGUAGUUACGCGGUGAAAAUGCAGCGUUGA